GUCUUAUAUCCGGAGUAAACAAACAAGGUUAAGUUCUAAAGUUUUGCUCGAAUUCGUAGCUCUAGCGUCUAUCCUUGUUCGUUUACUCCCCGUCUCGCUCGAGCGUGACCAAGGGAGAGGUGGUGGUAUUUUCGCUCUCGCGAGAUUUUUGGACUGCGCUCGCUUUGGCGUUCUUGCAGCAUCAUUUCACCCUUGUUGUUUAGCAAUUGUUAAACAAGGACAAACGAUGCUUACAAGCGCUGGAAGUAUCUGUAAGCGCCAAACCGAACGCGGCCGUCGCAGCCUUGGGUCACAGCUAGACCUACAGCGAAGUUGGCAAAAUGCUGUUUUUCUUAUUUUAUUGUGUAAUUUCCGUCCAUGGAUUUGGUUUCCAAGAAGCUCUGAAUACCAGUCAGUGUAUGAUAGCAUGCAGAGAUAAAGAUGAUUGGUGCCUUGAGGAUUGUACGCAACCCACGGGCCAGUUCGAGCUUGAUCAGACAGUAGAAAGGGAAGCUGAUGCGAAUGUCACUUUACAUUGCAGAGGAACGCAUUCGCUAGUAAUUAAAUACAAUCCUGCAAGUUAUGUUAUAGAAUUACAGAGCAUACCCGAUCACACUUGGAGUAAAGCCACAGUGAGCGAUGGCGAAUUUACGAUGUUUAAAUACUUGAAGGCAGACACAGUUUAUCGUUUUCGUUUAUAUAUGUUAACACAGACAGGCUUUACAUCACCUGAAAUAUCAAAUUGGUUCUUAACUUACGCAGUUGAUUACCAACCAAAAGCGAUUAAACACAUUUCAGUUGCAAAAUUUGAAAAGCAAAUUAACGAUGUAAACAAACUACAAGCGGAAAUUAUGUUUCAACCUGCUCAGGAUCAGAAUUGUCAUUAUCAGAUAAUUUUUUCGGCAGUUGGGGGGCCUUUAUUAUCAAAAUUUUAUUUAAUAUUUAAGUCUUCAGAUUUCCGCUUUCCUCUCAGAAAUUUAGACUACAAUCAGAGUUAUGUUGUAUAUAUUCAAUCGUUUAAUCAUAACUAUGCUAAAGUCAGUGACCCACCGACGUUUAUUUUUUUCACACCAUCAUCGUGCCUAGAAAUUUAUCACUCUUUAAGAAUCUGCGCACCUGAAAAGGUAACAGGUUUCCGGACGAAGAGCAUUCUAAAGCGAAGUGAAAUAUCUCAUGACAUUGCAGUUAAAUGGAAUAAACCCAUUCUACAACCGGACAAUUACACGUUACAGUUUAAGGCCUCUGUAGUUAAACCGCAUUUACUAGUUGUACCCGGAGAUGCAGUCGAAGCUCUCUUCUUAAACAUCCAGAAUAUAAAGUCAUAUGAGAUCACUAUUGUAGCAAAAUCAAGGGGCGGUGUAAGUUUACAAUCGAGUGUAUCCAGAAUUAUCGAUGAAAUACCAAAAAUGUAUACAUUUUAACCACUACAUUAGGCAUGUCAACGACAUGUGUAUAUCUAGACGAAGCUCGACCUUUGGCAUAAAGAUAAUAUGAGCGAUGAUCAUUUUAUACUUUCACAAUACAUCAAUCUAAAUGAUUCCAAAUUUAACAUGUACAAUAUAUAAUUUUAUAACAGAGAAUUAAAUUACACACUAUUAAAUUUGUAGUGUCAAAUUUAACU